UGACUAUAAAUCACAGCUGACUCUACAAGCAUGAAAUCAGCUCAUAAUGUACCGGCUGCCUGGACUCUUCUCCUCCUCCUCGUCUCCUAACCGGAUUGUCCAGCAGGGACUCUGUAGGAGCCUCUGGGGGGAGUGACAGUGCAGAGGACCAGCUGUACCCAGGUGGAGAAUCCACAUUGAAAACUGGAUGUGAAGGGGAGCCGCCAAGGUCAUGAUCGACUGGCCCAAUGUGACGGCGUCCGGCAACCAGGAGCUGGGCCUGAAACCCGAGGAGCUGCAGAAGUCCAAAUGUGUCCUGGGUUUCAUUCCCGUCAUCUACUACAGCAUUCUGCUCUCCAUCGGAGUACCAGUAAACAUCCUCACAGCAGUGGCCUUGUGCAGGCUGGCGUCCCGCACUAAGAAGGCUCUGUACUACUACCUCUUGGCAGUGACGGCCUCAGACAUUCUCUCCCAGCUCUUCAUCAUCUUCGUCGGCUUCCUGCUGGAGACGGCAGUUUUUCACCGGGACGUCCCCGCUCUCCUGCUGCGCUCCGUCAGCGUCGCCGAGUUCGCAGCCAACCACGCUUCCAUAUGGUCCACCGUACCGCUCACCGUGGACCGCUACGUGGCGCUGUGCCACCCCCUCCUCCACCGGCAGAUCAGCUACCCGGCACGAGCCAGGAAGAUUAUCGGGGUGGUCCUGGCGGCAUCGAUCGCAUCGGGCGUGCCUUUCUUCUGGUGGUCGGACAUGUGGAGGAACAGCCAUCCGCCCACAGCGCUGGACGCCGUCCUCAUAUGGACGCAUGUGACUAUCAUCUACUUCCUGCCGUGCAGCAUCUUCUUUGUGCUGAACUCUCUGAUAAUCCACACGCUGAGGGUGAGGCAGAGAGAGCAGCGCUGUCAGGAGGAGCAGGGGACCAAGUCGGUCCCGCUGCAAAGACUCGGGAAAACCACGGCCAUGCUGCUCGCCAUCACCUCAGUGUUCUCAAUCCUGUGGGCGCCCAGAACCAUCGUGGUCAUCUACCACCUGUACGUGUCCACUGUUCAUCGAGACUGGCGCAUCCACCUGGCCUACGACCUCUCCAACAUGCUGGCCAUGCUCAACACCGCAGUCAACUUCUUCCUCUACUGCUUCGUCAGUAAGCCUUUCCGCAGCGCCGUGCGGGAUGUCGUACUGCUCAGGGGCUCGCCGCUCUACUCUCGCCGCGCUCUGCCCCAGCAGCAGGUCCCCACCAACGCCUCCAUUUCCUCUCUGUACAGUGGGAACAGCAAGCGGUUUCAGCGGGACUUCACCCCCUUGUCACCUCAUGGGGCCAGAAAGCCCUCAUGACCCUGUGACUUGUCCUCUUAAUCCAAAACACCCAUCGUCCCACGGUCCCGGUGCACUCCUCACCCCAGGGACGCGUACUGUGUUCCGGCUACGACUGUGGGCAGCGACCGGUCGGCCCUGGGGCGCUCUCAGAGGGC